AUGUAUAGACAAAUACCUUUAUCUGUUGCGUUCAGUAGUGAAAACCCUGACGUCAAAAUAAAGGGGAACAGAGUAACGUUUAAGUUUCCAACAGACUGGAUUGUGAACAUAAAUGAAGAGAAGUACAUUGGCAUAACAUCUAUGUAUAUAACACGUGCUUUCAGAAAGGUUGACUUUAUACUUCAAGUCGAGAUAGAAAAUGACGAACAGUCUUUAAGCGCCCAAAACAUUCACAUAUACAAAUACUUUAAAGACGAUACAACAUUGCAACAAUGUAUGAUUUCAUUUAAUGAGAUGUUCGAGAAAAAGUUCAACAUUGAAGUACAAACUUUACAGCCUUUACGUGAGUUUCUUGCACAACUGAAAGAAGAAGGUAGUCAGCCACAACUUAUAGACUUUCAUUAUGAAUUUAAUGAAAAUGAAGAUGGAACACAUGACUGUCAGUUUGUUGUAUUCUCACCAUUCAAUGAAGUCGCUAAAGAGAAAGAAAAUCCAUUAC